AUGCCUUGCAAACAUCAGCAAUAUACCGCCACGACACUUUCGGGACCAUUUGUAUUUGCCAGGCCAUACAAAUACGAUACCUCCGGGUUGGUUCAAGCCCUUGAAGACAGCCUCAAUCCAUCUGGAGAUGAAUUCAAAUCGUUACGGGAAGACAUUCUAUACAGAAUCGAAAAUCAUACAGAUCAGACAUUUUUGAGAAAAAUGGACGACGAUAACCCUGAAAGACUAUCCCUCAAAUCAUUGGACUUAAUAUUCGCAAGAUUCAACGCCUAUUUUUUCAAGAAUACUCUUCCGCAAGAUACAAUAAUCUUUCGAAAAGCUAAAAACAACAUAAGUAUCUUACCAGGAUGUUGCGUCUCUUUCAAAGAAGCCUCGUCAUUAGCCGUUCUCGCUGCUGCAACUAGAAUCUUCCACAGUUCUACCCGCGAGAUCGAUCGUAUUGAGCCACCCUGCCUAUUCCUUCCGUCUAAGGGUACUUGCUCUCCCAACAGCAGCCCUGGAGAUGACGUAAGCGCUCUCCUAGAAGCAAUGAUCGAACUCUAUCUGCAAUGGUACAGUUGCUGUAAGCCCAGCUGUCUGGAAAGUAUUACCGCGUGUGGGAAGCUCGGCAGAGGACAAGCAUGGCAGAAGAUCGCCAACCUGUUAGAAAGAUCUGAGAUGAUGAGCGAUAUGCAGACUUUGAUUGGUUCGCAAGUGCGCUUGAGAAGAUAUGAGGAGUUUGUUAGGGAACUGAGCUCGUGGGACAAGCCGAGGAGGUUGAUAUCAUUGGAUUUGUUACGGGAAUUGGGGUUGGUGGCAUGGACUGUGGAUGAUUUUGUGAAUGCUGUGGAGGAGUUAAAUAGAAAGACACUUACUUCCCCAAGGGGAUGA